AUGAGUAAGAAAGUCAUUGAUUUCUUGAGAAAUCGCAGAGUCUCACAGUCAGACUGAUCUUCUGAUGGGAGCAGUUUACCGUUCGUAUCGGAUAGUGAAGAGAAAGCAGUAGAGAACAGAACGAAUUUUUAUAUUAAGCAAAGUGAUCCUAUGGUAGGGAAAACUGGUGGGAAGGAGGGAAAGAAGACUUUUAGACUAAAGCCACAGAAAAGAACUAGGGCUAAUAGUAAGCACAAAAAAUCCAAAAAGGUUAAAAGGAGAGAAAAUGAUGAUUUCAUCGAGAGUAAGACUGAUAUUAGUGAACUUGACCAGGACAAGAUCGAAAAUCGAAUAGUUAAAGUAAAAUCUGAAUAUGCAAGAGGAGAAAUCUCAAUUGAAGACUUUACUGUUCAUUUCCCUUUUCUAACUCCAUACCAAUCACAGAGGAAUAUUAUUGACUAUGUAUCUAAAGCUGUUUUGAACAAUUUAAAUGCUCUUAUUGAAAGUCCAACAGGAACUGGUAAAACCCUGGCUAUUCUGAGUGCAGUAUGAGCGAUUGUAAAGGAAGACAGAAGAAUCUAUAGACAAGGACACGUCAAGAGACCACUUUCUACAGUGAUUUAUUGCACAAGAACUCAUUCGCAGAUAUCCCAGGUGAUGAAGGAAAUCAGAGAGAAACUUCCAUACCAAGCGAGAGCAGUUCCUUACGCAUCAAGACAGUUGCUUUGUAUCUAUGAUGAUGUCAAAGAUAAAUAUGCAGGAACUGCAUUGAAUCAUGCUUGAAAGAAGGUCAGAUCAUCAAUAAAGAAGAAAAUUAUAGCUCCUUCAAGCACUCCUUCUAAAAGUACAGGAAAUAUCUUCGACUCAACUAAAAGGAAAGGAGGUGUAAAAACCGGAGACAUUGAAGACAUUGGGAAAGUAACCAGAUGUCCUUUCUUUCCAAAUAAUAAGAAGGCUAAAUCUGAGGGAAUUCUGGGGCAAUCUAGCAGUAAGCCUAAAACAAAUGCUGCUAAGACAGCCAGUGAUUCCUUUGUUAAAAUCUCCAAGAUUAUCCCAUGGAAGUCUUACGCAGUUGAGGAUUAUGUUAAAAUAGGAGAGAUAAGAAGAGUCUGUCCGUAUUACCUGACCAGACUCAGAACGAAUGUUGCAGAUAUUGUUGUCAUGCCAUACAACUAUAUCUUGGAUAAAUCAAUGAGAAGCAUGCUUAACUUACCAUUCAGAGACUCGAUAGUUGUGUUUGAUGAAGCUCAUAAUAUCGAAAGUGUUUGCGAAGAGAUGACCUGAUUCGAGCUCACCAUCAACGACCUCUUUAUCUGCUACCAGCUACUAAGUGGCUUAUGAGGAGUCUAUCAGGACAAGGAAGCUAAGGAAUGGAGUGUCGACAAGAAUAGAUUAAUGAACAAAGCAGUUGACUCUAAGUUACUUCGUCUGUUCGUCCUCAAGCUCAUUGAUGUCAUUGAAAGCUACAAUGUUCUGAACAACAAGAAUAAGAUUCAUGUUAAAGGAUCUGAUAAAAACCUCCAUGUUUUUAGAAUGAACGAGAUGUUCCUUCUAAUCGCAAAUGCUCUUGCUAAACUAAAGGGAGAGAAAGACCUUAUCAGAGACAGAAAACAUGCAGACCUAGUCAAGAACUUCGAUGUGGACAAUAUAAACAAGAACUUCGCUGAUAACCUCACUUUGAUCAAGAAGAUCUUAGAGACAUGUAUUCUUGACCUUCCUGAUAAGUCCAAGAUCCUGAAUAAGCUAUUUGAGAGUCUUGAGAAAAUCUCAAGUGCUUACAAGAUCUCAGCAGAAUAUGAAGAAGACUUCUUCAUGUUUAUCAUCGACGAAUUCGAAGAGAAGGACAAAAAGAACCAAAGAAAGCUAGGCUUCUGGUGCUUCAACCCGGCUUAUGCAUUCAGAGAAUUUGUUAAUGAGAAGCCAAGGUCUAUUAUCCUCGCUUCUGGAACUUUAACGCCAAUGAAUACCUUUGAUAACGAGCUGCAGAUAGAUUUCCCAAUCAAACUUGAAAAUGAUCAUGUAAUCUCACAUUCCCAAGCAAUGGUAGGCAUCGUCAAUGAAGGCGUUGAUGGAUCAGUGUUCAACUUCAAGUAUGAAAAUAGAGGAAAUUAUACAAUGCUUGCAAGUGUAGGCAAAUCCCUGAUUGCUUUGGAUCCGAUGAUCUCUGGUGGAAUUCUGGUGUUCUUCCCCUCCUACAACCUGCUCAGUAAGACAGUAAAGUUAUGGAAAGACUCUGGGGAUUACAAAAAGUUUAAGAGAAAACUCUUUAUUGAGCCAAAAUCCCAGGCUAAAUUUCAUGCAACUUUUGAUGGAUAUCUAAGUGAAAUCAAAAAGAAGAAAAAGGCUUUAUUCCUAGGUGUCUGCAGAGGUAAAUUUGCUGAAGGAAUUGACUUCACAGAUGAUGCAGCCAGGGCAGUCAUUCUUGUGGGUAUUCCUUAUCCCCAGUAUUAUGAUCCUAAGGUGGUCUUAAAGAGGGAGUAUAUGACUGCAAAAAAGAAUAGAAAUCUUUCUGAUAUUGGAGGGCAGCAGUGGUACACUCUACAAGCCAGUAGAGCUACCAACCAAGCUGUUGGAAGAGUCAUCCGGCAUGCUGAAGAUUGUGGGAUAGUUCUUUUAUUUGAUGAAAGGUUCAAGCAAAGCACAAUUCAGCUUUCAAGAUGGCUCAAAAUGAGGAAAAAGAUAUACCCAAAAUUUGAUUUUCUAAAGGAAGACGUUGAAGCCUUUUUCUUAUCAAACAAACACCUCAUAGACAAAUCCAGAAAUCCCCCUAUAAAACACCACAAGAGGCCACAGAUAGAGUAUGAAGAAAGUACGCUUCCUUCGAUCCCCGAAGAAGAAGAGCCCGAAGACCCUCCAGCCUCUGAGGAAGCUGACCUAAAGCACGUAAUGACCAUGCUGAAGAAGAAGGCUGAUCCUGAGUCUUCCAGAGUAAUUACUGUUGACAAUUUUGGCAAGUCAGCCAUGCGCCAGGACUGAGAUGAACUGUUGGAAGAGGGGUACAAGAGGACUAAUGUGCAGCUGGAUAUUGAUAUGGAUGAGAGUAGUCAGCAGAAACAUAAAAGAGCUAUUAAAGAAUUCAAAUUCUGCUACGCCAUGAACGACAAGAAACCUACGAAAAAGAAAAGCUCUCUCCUUGACCGGUAUAAGAAGAACUAUUCCAAACCUAAGAAACCAUAAGUACCCCUCUCAUCCUCCCUCCCAGCACAUCUGCGGGUACUUCACUAAUCCUAAUUCAAUAAGCGUUUAA